UGGAGCAGUGACUGCGCGAGCACCCAGAGCUUCGCGUUUAGAUCCCGACUCCUGGCGAGACUAGCAGCGGGGACUCGAGAGAAGCAUGGCUCGGCCAUACGUUUGCCUGCUGACCCUGGCGGCUGUGCUGCUACUAGGUUUCUCCACCGUUUCCAGAUCGAAGUACCCGACGGGCAAGGAGCAUCAGAGGGCGUCGCGAAUUCCUUCUCAGUUCAGCCAAGAGGAGCGCGUUGCAAUGAAGGAAGCGCUGAAAGGUGCCAUCCAGAUUCCAACAGUGUCUUUCAGGCCUGGGGAGUUCAACACAACAGCCCUGGCUGAGUUUGGAGAAUACAUUCGUAAAGCCUUUCCUACUGUGUUCAAAACCAGCUUUAUCAAGCAUGAAGUCGUGGGAGAGUAUAGCCACCUGUUCACUGUCCAAGGCUCAGAUUCCAGCUUGCAGCCUUACAUGUUGAUGGCUCACAUUGAUGUGGUACCUGCCCUUGACCAAGGCUGGGAGGUGCCCCCGUUCUCUGGGUUGGAACGUGAUGGCUUCAUCCAUGGUCGAGGCACACUGGACAACAAGAACUCUGUGAUGGCAAUCCUGCAGGCCUUGGAGCUUCUGCUGAUCAGAAAGUACAUCCCCCGAAGAUCUUUUCUCAUUGCUCUGGGCCAUGACGAGGAGGUGUCAGGGGAAUAUGGGGCUCAGAAGAUCUCAGCCCUGCUACAGGCAAGGGGCACCCAGCUCGCCUUCAUUGUGGAUGAGUGUGGCUUUAUCUUGGACGGUUUCAUUCCCAACUUGAAGAAGCCCUUUGCCAUGAUUUCAGUCUCAGAGAAGGGUUCGCUUAACCUCAUGCUGCAAGUAAACAUGACUCCAGGUCACUCUUCAGCUCCUCCGAAGGAAACGAGCAUUGGCAUCCUUGCAGCUGCUGUCAGCCGACUGGAGCAGAACCCAUUGCCGAACAUGUCUGGAAAUGGGCCGUUGAAGAGGUUAUUGCAGCAACUGGCUAAUGAGUUUUCCUUCCCUACCAACAUAGUGCUGAACAACCUGUGGCUAUUUUGGCCCCUUGUACGAAGAUUAAUGGACAGGAAUUACGUAAUGAAUGCGCUGCUCAGGACCACUACAGCCGUCACCAUGUUCAAUUCAGGGGUCAAGGUGAAUGUCAUCCCCUCGGUGGCCCAGGCCACAGUCAACUUCCGGAUUCACCCUUCACAGACAGUUCAAGAGGUCCUUGAACUAGUCAAGAACACUGUGGCUGAUGACCGGGUCCAGUUCCACGUGUUGAAUGCCCAUGAGCCCCUGCCUGACAGCCCUUCUGAUGAUCAGGCAUUGGGCUACCAGCUGCUCCUCCAGACCUUACAAUCAGUCUUCCCGGAAAUCAACAUUGUUGCCCCAGCUUCUUGUAUUGCCAACACAGACAGCCGACACUAUGCGAACCUCACCACUGGCAUCUACCGGUUCAACCCCAUCUACGUACAGCCUCAGGACUUCCGUAGCAUUCACGGAUUGAAUGAGAAAAUCUCAGUCCAAGCCUAUGAGACCCAGGUGAAAUUCAUCUUUGAGUUUAUCCAAAAUGCUGACACAGAACUGGAGCCGGCUCCUCACCAGCAUGAACUGUGAGGUCCAGGAGCCAACUGAAUCGGGGAUGCCUUACCCUGGGCCAGGACUAACCCAAGGGGGAAAGCCAAUGCUGACAAAACUUGGGGUCAAAACCACAUUGUAAUACAUCUCCCACAUGUCUUGCUUACUCCUAAACUCACCCAAGAACAAGACCAAGCAGCCAGGGAGGGCCAGCAGGAAUCUUGCUUCUCUCUACCUCCCAACAUCUCCACCCUCAACUGACCCGCAUUUUCUGCCUUCUCGUCCCUGUUUUAGAAGGUAUCUGGCUUGUCUGUCUUAUGCUGGUUAUUUAACUGCUCCAUACCCCAGGCCUGACUUACCAAAUGCAGAUUUGAAAAACCUUAACCAGGUUUUACCUGCUGGAACUGUUUUAUUUUAGGGCACUCUUGCCAGGUUACCUUCUCUGUGGCUUAUAUAUUUCUUCUUGCUGUAACUUCCUGUCCCUGUUUCCCCCUCUCUUCCUGGAUUAUUUAGCUGGCUCUUCAUCUCUCCUCUCCUGCCCCUGCAUCUCACCUCACCCUUCAAUUUAUUCCACAGGACUUAGUCAAACUGUGAUAUUACUGUAAUUACAACAAUUGGUCAAAUAAAGUGAUCUGUGCAGCUUCAACCUGUCACCGAGGGGUGAAGCUGAGGCAGCAGGCUUUGGAGGAACCCCAAACCUCCUGGUUCUGGAGCCUAGAGAACAAAGUCUCUGUCCUUGGGCUCCUCCCAAGGGCUCC